GAACCUUCACAACAUCAACAUCAACAUCAACAUCAACACCCAACGUCUUUUUCGUUGUUAUUCAACUCCAAGCGAUUCCCUCUUCCUUCGAAUUUCGAGGUCUGGUGAACCCACCAUUCUCAUGAAUCGUCUCCUUGAUCAAUGGGUUGAAGAGGGAAGAGACAUCAAGCAUCCCCAACUCCAGUUUUUCGUCAAACAACUCAGAGCCUAUAGUCGCUUCAACCACGCCCUUCAGGUAUCAGAAUGGAUGAGCAAGGAAAACCUUCAUUUAACGACUGGAGACAUUGCUGUACGUCUCGACUUGAUAGCAAAAGUCCACGGUCUCAAUGAAGCAGAGAAAUAUUAUGGCAGCAUAUCAGACACUUCAAGAGAUUUCAAGGUCUAUGGUGCUCUUUUGAAUUGCUAUGCACAACAUAACUAUGUGGAGAAAGCUGAGGCUAUCAUGAAGAAAAUGAUUGAGUAUGCUUCCAAGCAUCCAACAGACCUAGUAGUGAGUUAUAAUACUUUGUUGAAACUCUAUGUUCGGGUAGGUGAAUAUGAGAAAAUGGAUGCUCUGAUGCAAGAAAUGAAAGAGAAGGACAUAUAUGACAGUGUUACUUUCAAUAAUCGGCUGAAUGCUUAUGUGACCACUGAAGACAUAGAUGGGAUGGAGAAAUUACUAGCGCAGAUGGAAGCUGAUCCACGGGUAAAUGUGGACUGGUUAACAUUCUCUACUGCAGCAAAUGGCUAUAUUAAAGCUGGCCAAUUUGAGAAGUCAUUGGCAAUGUUGAAGAAAUCAGAGCAAUUAAUAAAAGGCAACAUGAGGAGGGUUGCAUAUGAAUCUCUUCUAUCUCUGUAUGCUGCUAUUGGGAAAAAAGAUGAUGUGUAUCACAUUUGGAAUAUGUGCAAAAACUUAAAUAAUUCCCGCAACUCAAGUUACAUCUGUAUGUUAACCGCAUUAGCGAAGCUGGAUGACAUUGAAGGAGCUGAGAGGAUUCUGGAGGAAUGGGAAUCUGGAAAUACAUGCUUUGACCUCAGAAUUCCAAAUGUGAUUGUGAGUGCUUAUUGUAAGAAUGGUCUUUUGGAAAAGGCUGAAGCAUAUAUUGAGAGGCUUGAGAAAAAUGACAAAAAAUUAGACGGAAGAAUAUGGGAUUGUUUGGCACGUGGCUAUUCCAAGUGUAGUGACAUGGAUAAAGCAGUUCAAACAAUGAAGAAAGCAAUCUUGACGGGUGGUUCAGGAUGGAAGCCUUACCCGUUUACUUUGGCUGCAUGUAUUGAGCACUUGAAAGGCAAGGGAGAUUUGGAGUUGGCACUGGAGUUUCUUAGGAUGUGUAUGGAACGAGGUCAUUUCUCUGCUGCUACCUAUGAUAGAUUAUUAAGUUACGUGAAUGGUGAAAUCUCAGAACCAAAAGCUUUAGAUCUGAUGAAAGGAGAUUAUGAUCUGAAGUCUGAUGAAGUUCCAGAUGGAGAGAAGUAGCAUGAAAUGUAGCUCCAGGGAGAGGUCAGCUACCGGAUUAACAUGAAAUUUCAUUCUCCUUCCCCCCUCUCCCAAAAAAAUAAAAAAUGAAGCUCUUGAUGUCUAGUUCAAUUUGUAAAUACUGUUAUAUCUUAGCAGUUUGCAGUAUCUUUAUCCUUUUAUUUUAAGU